AUGAGUGACUCGACAAGAGCAACGGGUGACCAGGACGCGCGUCCACCGUCGACGAAACGAUUGGGCGACGACCGCACGUGGGACGAUACGCUUGUGCACAAUGGCGCCAACGCUUCGAUCGUAAUUGACGAUGCGACAGUACGGGAAACGCCGUGGACGCCCAAGAGUCUCGGACGCGCAAAGACGGCCAUUGUUUAUAAACAAACACUGAACGACACGCUGCUCGUAUUGGAGCGCGGCUUCUUCUUUACCAGUGGAUGGGUGCCGUAUUUUGUGUCGUUGCAAGAAGACAGCAUCCUGAUGUUUACCACGCGGGAGCGAUGGGAGCAGGGAUACAAGCCCGACAAGGUCAUUGAGCUGCACGACAGGCUGCUACUUGGAGAGAUGCACGUCGAGGUGGUCGGGCGCUACUCCUCGACAGACGGCACCGAUGGCACGUCGCGACUGUUUCAUCGCAAGUUGCUGGAGCUCGAUCACGUACACGAGGUACACGAAGAGCAUCCACACGGCGUGAUCGAUUCGACAAGAGCCAGAGUGGACACUCGAGCUGUUGAUGGCGCCCGCGCGAGCACGCAGUGCAUUUUGGAGUUUGGCUCGAAAAGUCAGUGCACAUUUGAGCUGUGGACAAAAGCAGUUCGCUACGUCUUGGCCGUUCAACGAGCAAUGCAACUGCAUCAACAGCGCAGUGACGAGAGCGAAGAAUUUGACGAUGGCACCGAUGAUGACGAUAGCACCGAAUUUGUCAAUGGCCCAAAACAGUGCUGGGUGUCACCGGGACAGGAUUUGAAGGUGACGCUGCUUCGAAGUGAACUGUGGUGCAGCCGCGUGCUUUCGGGCGAAAAGGAGAAAGCUGCGUCUGAAAUCCGGCGGAUCGUAGCAAUGGAGAAGCUGGUGGCUCAAGUGGAUCAUUCCCAGAUGGCUCUGUUGGUCUACGAGAAGGUGAGCCGCGUGCACGAGUUGUUCGCUGCCAACAGCAGGCGAGAGAUUGAGGGCGUUGAUGCACGAGCGGCUCCGCUGUCAGCAGAAGUUCUUCGCUUCUUUCUCGACCAUCUCAAACGGAAGUACUCUGUGUUCUUGAUCCUCGCACUGACCUACGGAGUCAAAGACACGGAGAUCCGGCAAGCGCACGAGCGCAUGUGUCACGAAAACGCGGCCGUCCAUGCAGGAGUUGGCGGCGGCAGUGGUAAGCAGCAUCAAAGUGUUGCUUCGUGUGGGUUCCAAGACCCCGAGAGCAUCGAGCUGUACGAGAAAUACCGUGACGCAGCAGCCAAUUACCACCGAGUGAAUUACGGCGACACAAGUGCUGCCGAGGAAGAAGAUGCCAUCAUGCAUCUGCCUGUGAUGCUGCAAGUUGCAGUUGUUCGACAAGACGUCGACGAGUCGAGCGCGAUGCUCUCUAUCCUGAACACUGUCAAGACGCGUCUGAGGGAGCAUUGCUGCAGGUGA